AUGUUGAGCUCCAAUCUCCAGUUGCUGCUCUGCUUAGCUGGCAGCAUCUGUGGCCUCUGUGCACCACCCCCAGAAUCAUGCAAAGCAUAUCCGGGCACGUCGUCUUGGCCCUCUGCCCACACAUGGGCUGCCCUCAACCAAACACUCAAUGGACGACUGCUUCAGCCUUCUCCACCCGGCGCAGUUUGCCAUCCUAGUCAAUCUACUUACAACACCAGCCAGUGCUCCCUGGUAGCCGACGAGUGGAAGACGUACGAGUUUCACGUUGCAAACCCAAUUUCUGUCAUGUGGGACAAAUUUGACAACUUUACCUGCCUACCGGAUGAAAACACGCCUUGUUCUCCAGCUGGGUAUCCUGCCUAUGUGGUGAAUGCAUCAACAGCAGAGCACAUCAAGAUUGGUGUAGACUUUGCACGCAAGUACAAUGUCCGCCUCAACGUCAAGAACACCGGCCACGAUUACCUCGGCCGCUCCAAUUCUCCAGGCUCCCUCUCCAUAUGGACCCAUAAUCUGAACAAAAUCACCUACAACAAAGGGCAGUAUAAGCUGAAUGGCUCUGGGAAGGUCCUUCAAGGAAAUUCCAUCACCGUUGGUGGUGGAUCUGAGAUGUGGGAUAUAUAUGUCGCUGCAGACAAGCAUCAUGAGGCCAUUGUUGGUGGAGGAGGAAAGACUGUUGGAAUAGGUGGAUAUAUCACCGGCGGAGGGCACUCGAUCUUUGCGCCAAAGUAUGGCCUGGCAGCAGAUAACGUGUGGGAAAUGGAAAUUGUCACACCAGGAGGGGAUAUUGUCAUAGCGAACGAAGAUAGGCAUCAAGAUCUAUUCUGGGCAAUGAGAGGAGGAGGCGGUUCAACCUUUGGUGUCAUCACAUCUGUCACACUCAAGACGCAUCCAAGCCCCAAGAUUAUGGGUGUCGCAUUUAUGAUGUUCACUGAUCCCAAAGAAUCCAUCGUAUUCGACCUCAUCACCUACAUCGUUUCCCAAAUACCCAUUCUAAUGGCACAAGGCCUUUCUGGGUACAAUCUCGCCACUAAAAAUAUGACGACACCCAUCCAAAUACCAGACGUCGAUAGCCCCGACGUCGUCGCCAAGAUUUUCAAUCCGAUCAACGAAACCCUUCAUGAGCGCUGGCCUGACAAAGUCCAAUUCUACACUCUUCUUACCCAGUAUGAUUCGUGGCUAGCUUGGUUCAGCCAGAAUUACGACACCAACCAGGCGGGUGGAAGCCAAUAUCUUGUCUCCCGACUUCUCGAUGGCGAAGCCCUAACUGGUAACCCGCAAAAGCUGAAGAGCGCUCUCCAAGCAGCGAUUACUCCGAGCGGAACCAUAUCCGUAUUCAUGGUAGGCGGCAAGGGUGUCCAAGAAGCAAAGCCGAGAGGAGGUAGCAAUGCCGUCAAUCCCGCAUGGAGGACUGCAUACGUUCACGCUCUGACCAGCGAACCCUUCGGGCCAUUCAACAAGACUGCAGAGAACAAUGCCAAAGCGAUCCUAGACAAAGAAUUCCAACCACUCCGCGACCUGACGCCCAAAUCUGGAGCAUACAUAAACGAGGCCUUUCCUUUUGAGAAGAAUUUCCAACAGACAUUCUGGGGCAGCAACUACGCGAGACUGCUCCGCAUCAAGCGCGAAAUCGAUCCUACCGACGUAUUUUGGUGCGCGCCGUGUGUGGGAAACGAGAGAUGGGAAGUUCGUCAAGACGGAAAGCUCUGCAAAAAGUAG